GGCUCCAGCCAUCAGAGAUCGACUUUGCAUGCGCACACGUCGCGUGUUUUAGGAGCCCAGGUGCCAGAAGAUGGUCCCUGGCUUGGUCCUGGCCCACGAAAGCCGUGCGGUGAAGGCCAGCAUUGCGCUUUUCCCAGGGCUCCAGGUGGGCGGCCCCGCUUGUGCCUGCGAGGAGACGGAGUUCUCGGGCCCAGUUUGGCAGGUGCGCUGCGCGGAGGAUGGCGUCGUACAGCGGGCCGAGAAGGAGGAGGUGCUGAUGGCGGACAAGAACUUGUUCCUUCCGGGGACCAAGGUGGGCUUCAAGUCCGACGUCAGCCGGGGCCAGUUUUUGGUUUGGCGCAGCACCAAGUGGACGAUCAACGCCGAUGCCUCGUUGUCGCCCGCCGCGUGCCCGCAGCUGGUGCUGGUCUACGAGCAAGGCUUCGACCGGGAGGCGGAGGAGCGGCUGUUGAUCAGCAGCGUCUGCCAGGUGUUGCCGGAGCCCUGGAAAAGUUGCGACAGCUUCCAGAUCAAGGAGAGACUGGCGGACUUCGCGACUUUGAAGCUUGAGGCGGAGGGCGUUCCCCCGAUUUGCGUGCACCUGCAGCGGGCGGUAGGCAAGGAUGACGAGGCGGAGAAACGGAAGGCGGAGAAGAUUCACGAGAUUUUGGCUUCCAAAGGCCUGGCGCCGAAGCGCUUGGCCAGCACGGAGCUCUGGUGGGUGGAGGCCUGGGAAAGCAAAGGCGCGCCCGGGAAGGCGGACGCCAGCGACUGGACGCCGUUGAUGACGGACCGGGACUACGUCGAGAAGUGCGGCAGGCUGUUGGCCAAGCUCCACAGUAUCGAGCCCGCGUGGUAUGAGGAGCACCUGGCAUUUUUGAAGAAGCAGUAUCCGGAACUCAAGGAUGUGCCUGCCUCCUCCCAUCUUUGGUCCUACCAGAGCUUCAACAACAAGCGGCACCAAUUCGGCCGGGAGGCCGACUUGGCGCUGGGCGAGCAGGCUUUGAAGAUGUUCCUGGAGGCAGGGGCGAACCCCGUCUCAGAGAUUGGUUCGCGCACGGUGACCGUGCAUGGGGACUUCCUCCCGUCCAACAUGCUGUACACCGAAGAUGGCUUGCAGCUGAUCGACUUUGAGACCGCGUCUUCGGGGCAGGCGGUGGCGGACAUUUCCUACGCCUUCUCCCGCUGGGUGGCACAGUCAGUGCGGCCCAUCUUCGUGCGGGCCUAUUUGGAGGAGCUGAAGGGCACCCAAGACAUCGCCGAGGAGGACGUGAAGGCGCUGCAGUUGGAUGGCGAGCGCUGCGUGAUGAAGUACGGCACCAACCCGCUGACGGUGCGCUACGGCCUGCAGAUUAUGAAUGGCUUCCCAGGAGCAGUCAGACACAGCAUCACGCUGCACAACAAGCUGGAAGAUGGCUCCUCUCUGACCAUCUGUGCCGCCUACGAUGAUCUCUGCAAAUUGGCAGAUCAGGCAUUGGAAGACCCUGCGAUUGCCCAGGACAUUCUGGACAGAGGCUUUGAAAAAGUGGCUCGACAAGUCGUAUGGAACCAUGGGCGAGCACCGCUCCACUACCAUGCUGAGUGGCCCGGAGACUACACGGGGGAACUCACCUGGCUGGCUGGCUUCGUCAUGGGCUGUCUAUACACGGUCGGAUUUUUAAAGUAGCAAAACCAGGCUUUUCAAAAGUGGCUCGACAAGUCGUAUGGAAUCACGGACGAGCACGUGAGCAGCGCUCCACUACCGUGCUGCACUUGGCUGGCUGGCUUCGUCAUGGGCCGUCUAUUAGUAGCAUUUUUGGUGCCACUUAAUCUAAGCAACAAGCCAAACCGCAUAACGAUGACGCUAAGCAUCGUUUUGCGAUUGCAUCAGCUGGCCUAAAAACGGUCAGGGUGCCGUGUC